AAGCAGACAGAGUGGAACAAUUAUAAACAGAACCUGAUGACAGCUUGUCAGCUUCUGCUUACAACUCCCGUGGAAGCAUGACUUUGUCAAUUUGAAAGAAAAUUUUGAUUAUCAAUCUCAUGUGCUGAAUGGGUUGAAGUUGUGUUGGUUGAAAUCCAAGAAUGCUUUAUAAGCGGGAUAAUUAUUAAACCAAAAAGAAUUAAUAUAAUAAAUUGGAAUCGUUACAAUUGUUUGCAGGAUAGUGGUCUUUCCAGACGAAAGCUUAUCCUUAUUAGUGCACUUAAGGACGUCACACUAUUUAUUAUAAUGGAGGAAACCCAUCAUUGACAGAUGAAUUCUAUAUUUAAUAAAAGCUUUCACACCUACUAUCAAAUACUGACAAUAACUGACAACAAAUGGUGUGUUUAGUCUGGAAUUGGAUGGAGGCAUGUCUACUGAUGCAUAAUUUAAUUGAACUACCUCAGGCAAAUAAAGUUCUGACAUUACCAUGAAUGGAAUGGAAAGCAGGCACGAUUGCCUAUAAGUAUUUUAUUGGUGAUGUCAAUGGAUGGAUUAUGCAAAAUAAAAAACUGUGAUUUUUAUUAUUUUUGUUAUUAAAAUAACUGUGAUCAUUUAACAAUUUUUAAAAACUACGCACAAUACGAAGUUCCCAAGAUGGAGAAUAAUUCUAUAGCAAGUGAUAUAUAUUUAAAUAUAAGCUCAGAGGCACCAACACAUGACAGGCCUCCAGGGGGAUCAGUAACAGACCAGCCCUUGUAUUCUGCUGGAAUCACGGCCAUGCUAUGGGGCCUGCCACACAUCAUCACCCUGGGCACCAUUGGCAACAUAUUCAGCUUCAUUGUGAUGCUGCAGAGAGAGAUGCGUCAGACCUCCACGUUCUUCUACUUAGCUGUGCUUGCUGUAGCGGACACUAUUGUUCUAUUCGUAAGCGCAUUUAAGACUUGGAUACGAACUGCGACAGGUUUUGAGAUGCUUCAUGUGUCUGACUUGAGCUGCAAGACGUUCAUGUUCCUGACCUACUUCAGUCUUCAUCUGUCAGCCUGGCUGAUAGUUGCGGUUACUAUUGAGAGAUUUAUUGUGGUCUGGUUCCCUUUAAAGGCUACCACUAUAUGCAGUACACGGCGGGCCAAGCUCACCACGCUGGCUGUGGCUGGUUCACUGGCCAUUCUCAAUUGUCAUUUAUUCUGGACUGCAGAACUGGUGCAAGACUUAAAAACUGGCCGAACAGUGUGCGCUAUGCUACAAACAAACCAGUUUCUAUACAAGGAGGUCAUGCCCUGGCUACAUUUCACAAUCUACUGUCUGUUACCAUUCAUUCUGCUCAUGACAUUCAACGCCUUAAUCAUUCUGAGUCUGAUACGGCAUCGCCAAAUGAUCACCAGCCAAAUGACCCGCAAUGAUAAACGCAGCAGAUACAACCACCGCAAACUGGCGAUCACACUUCUCAGUGUCAGCUUUGUGUGGAUCGCCACUAACAUCCCCAGCGCCCUUUACACUGUGAUACCUCUACAUCCGACCACUGCCCAACAGGCCGCCAGUCAGUUCUUCAUCAAGAUCUUGUGCUAUCUGUUUCUCUACUUGAACCAUGCAAUCAAUUUUCUCCUCUACUGCAUCACAGGACAGGCGUUUCGACGUGAGUUUGCCAAGCUCAUCUGCUGCACGUGUCGCAAGAAACGACAGCCUAAAAGGAGGCUGCAGUUUAGAGCUAGCAGAACAGGCAGCGUCCAUGACACCACCACCCCACUUAUGAAUUCUGGGAGGGUGUCCCACACUCCAAUUAUCACUAUACCACUCAAACAAAGGCAGGGGAGCUCCUCUUCUAAGGAAAUUGGCCGCCUGAGACUCUAUCUUGUUUGAAUGGCCUGUUGUGCUGUGGCAGUAACCGUGACACAUUCACACGAGAAACUCCACUUGGCACCCCACCGGGCCUCCAGUAGUACCAAGCCAAUCACUGGGAAUAGGCGCUGAGCCUCACUCUGUGAAAAGGGGGUUAAAUGCAGUCAGCGCAGGCUAAUCGGGGACAAAACUUUCCACCUAAACUAGAUUUUUCAUAAGAACAGACUUUAAUUAUUAAAACGGAAAAGUUCAUACAAGCAGGAAAGAGUUGUACUCUAAACUACAUACAUUAAACCCCUUUUUCACACAGCCAGACUCAUAUGUACAAUGAAUUUAGGAUGACAGGAAUGGGAAUACCAGGCUUUACAUCAAACCUUGAUAGUGAUGUGCUAAAUAUGUUAUUCCAUUGUGUGAUAUUUUAUUCAAGAUUUAUGAAAGUAUAAAUAUUGGACAUGUGCCUCUGUGUACAACAAAUAUAAUACAUAGAAAUGACCUGCUUCUAUGACUUAUUGGAGGCUGGAGAAAUUUACAAUUUCAAUGCAAUCACAAUAGCAUUGAGAAUCACUGAUGUUCAGUGCAUAUGACUGUGAACAGACUUUAUAGAGAGGCCUGUGUAUGCAUAGACUGUGAUUUGUGAUGUUGUGGACUGUGAUUAUUUUUCUUGUUUUUUUUAGCAUUUCUGGUAUUUUCACAAAGAUUAUUAAUCCAAUUUAGAUUGCACUGCACUCACCGAAAACUGGGCUGUGUCUAAAGUGUCAUCUCAGUUCACACACACUUAUCAGGGACCACACUUUCUGCUUUUAUGAUAUUUUAUUUAUUUGAAGGAAGUCUCAUUUCUGCCAAAGCCAAAUUUCAGUGAUUGCGCAAACUUUCAUCUUUCUUUAGCCUAAGCCAACUGCACAGGCUAAUCUUGGAAGACACUUUGCACAUGCAUUUAGUCCCAUUUUCUAACAGUGAGGCUAGUAUAAAUGGAAGUACUUGUAAAUAACGUGAAUUGAAGCUACAGAGAGCUUAACUCUUCCAGUGCUGGAACCGAAUUUUGAAGGCCUUUGCAAACAGUUUGGAUCCAGAUGGGACGCCACAGAAUGUGUCUCAUCAGGAUCCAAACUGUUUGCUAUUCUUAUUGGAUUCUUUGAACAAAAUUGAAGAAAAUGCUAAUUUUAGAAAUUCAGCAGACAACAUUUUAGCAGACAACAAAUUUCCCAGCAUGCAAAUGGUUAAACAUUUCCCAAAACAGAGAAUAAAGACAAUAAUUUUUAUUUACCCGACCUUGUAUGGGAAUGAUAUGAUCAGGACUCUUGAACAAUUGUUUAGCAGAAUUUUUUUUAUUAAGACAGAGGUCAAGUAAAAGUAGACAUUAGAUUAUUUGAUGCAAUGCUCAUUUUCUUGUGGAAGUACAAAUACGUGAAUAUGCAUCUUAUUUAAUUUGUUUACAUAGUUAAUAGAUUAGGAGUAUUAAGAUCAUUUAAACUGCAAGAUAAUUAACGUUUUGAACACAUCUAAAAAUAAAGAUGAGAUAUUUUAUUUUUUGCUGUGUGGUUUUGUUUGAAUCAUUAUAUUUCAUUUGGUCAUCUGAUUUUUUUUUAUUGUACUGA